AUGCGCUGCCGCAUCCGCCCAAACAACGCCAACAUCUGGUACUGCCACCAGUUCCGGCCCGCCACCACCUACAUGCACAUCCGCCCAUUGACGCAGGAAGCCCUGGAUCUGCUGGGGCUGGACAUGGGGAUGUUCGGCCAGAUUGACAGGCUGGGCAUACGCUUUGCUGUGCAUGUCCGUGUCGCGGAUUGGGAUGAUGCGGAGCCGCUGUCGUUUGAGUUCUUUAAGGCGGAGACGGUGGUGGUUGGGGAAUAA